GCAACAUGUUCCGCCAAUGGCUUCCAAAGCGACAAUAACAUGGCAAACCUGAAAAUCACCACUACAUCUUCCUGCUACAAUUCACCACUUUUCCUUAAGGACAAUCAAAGUUCCACCGUACGAAAUAGUUUCUCUUCAACAUGCCCAAAGUAACGAAUCCGGAUCAACUGAUCAACGACUUCGGGGGUCCUCGGGUCUGGCUGUACGAUCCUUCCGAGAAGAAGGUCCACUGUAUAUUCUGCGACACGAGUUGUCCGGCGAAUCGGCGAUCUUGCGUGAUAUCUCACGUGGAAAGUAAGAAGCACCAAGCUCAACUCGUGAUUCACGGCAUCCCCGACAUUCGCGGCGUCAAAUUAGAAUACGAAGAGGACGAUGAGGCCGUGGUGGCCGUGGUCGAGGACCGAUUGGAAGCCCCUUUGCUCUUCCGAGGAGAAGAAAAUGAACCGGAAGUGAGCGAAAUCCCCUUUGCCGAGGAUCUCUGUCGAUUGCUCAGAACGUGGAAUGUUCCUUUGAAUAAAGUGGAAGAGCCGGAUUUUGUGCGAUUCCUCGAGAAAUAUGCGGGGGCUGAGGUGCCCAAUCGAUUCAUGUUAGCCAAGAUCAUGGAAGAACAGGGGAACGAGAGGGAGAUUAGUUUACAAAGAUCCAGAGCCAUGGAAAACAUUACAGAGCUGAAAGUGGCCCCUCUGACCGAGUCCAGGUUUGUCAAACCUCUCCGGCUCCAUUACAAACAAGACGACAUUCCCAAAGUCUGGGAUAUCAUUCAAUGUCAUGCCAGCGUCGCCGUUGUCCUCUUUAAUAUCACCAACCAGACAUUGGUGUUUGUGCGCCAAUUUCGCCCUCCCGUGUAUUUCUCGGCCCUCCGACGAGCUCAAGGUCAAAUUGAGCCUGGAUCCGAAAUCAACCUUUGCGCUGCCAACCCAAAAAAAGGCAUCACGCUCGAGUUGUGUGCUGGAAUAGUCGACAAGAAUAAGAGUCUGGCUGAGAUUGCUCAAGGGGAGAUUCUCGAAGAAUGCGGUUACGAAGUGCCCAUUGGCAAUAUCCGACAAAUCCAGACCUUCCCCUCUUCCGUUGGAGUCGGUGGAGAGUCAGCUACCUUGUUCUACGCCGAAGCCACUUCAGACAUGAGGAAAGGCAAAGGAGGGGGCGUGGUCGAAGAGGGUGAGCUCAUUGAAGUGGUGGAAAUGAGUUUGACGGAGACGAGGGCUAUGAUGAAUCAGCCUGAAGUGACUAUGCCUCCAAUGGCCUUGUAUGGUCUCAGUUGGUUCUUUAUGAAUAAAAUGAGUCUCACCUAACACGGAGGGUUCACAGUCA